AUGGCCCUCAACCUCCUCUCCACCACCUACGGCCUCAGCAUGCUCAGCGCCGAGCCGUCCGCCCAAAAGGACGCCUCGAACUUGUCGCGUCUCGGCUCUUCCGGUCAGCUUCACGAGGGAUACUCGGUGGUCAAUCGUUUCGAGGCGAAUGGCGGAGGCUGGGGAUAUAGCGCUCACUCCGUCGAAGCGAUCCAGUUCCAAGUCAACCGCCCCAUCCGGCUGAUCGGCGUCGGGUUGUACGGUGGCCGCGGCGAGUACAUCGCAAAGAUCCGCAUCCACCGGCUGAUCGGCGGCGAUAUGGACGAACGCUGUUUGAGUGUGGAGCAAGACAGACAGCUGCUUGAUGCUCACUCGACCGGUCAGCAUCCAGGCCGGCCAGUGGUACGCCGUGUCGGCAAAGAUCAGCGGUCCUGUUUGAAGGUCGAAAAAUCCAACGCUGAGGUGUAUGAGGAUCUCUCGAAAGAUCUGGACGGCCGGGGAUUUUCUGACUUUUCCGCGCUGCUCCGCUCGAAGACGCUGCUCACCCCGACGUCCGAAGUGUUCAACUCUUUGCUGCGGAUUUUUGACUGGGCCGUGACAAGAGCCUUCGAGCAACACCUCGACCUCCCCUACGAAGACCAGCGAUGGCUGAGCGAGCGUGCCGUUUCGAUCGGCAUCUUGGCGCUGAAGAUGAUCAAGUUUUACCUGAAAAUGCUCUAUCCCUCGAAUGGGGCUGCCGAGGAGCCGGGGCCGGAGUUUGCGGAGAGCGUCCUGAAAAUAUCGCUCGUCUUCAACACGUUGUUCGAGUUGGCCUCAAAUCAAAUUAAGGAGCCGAAGCUAAGCCGUUUCCGGGUGCCCGAGCUUGCCCAGGAGCUGGUGGUGAAGAUCGCGACCGAGCUGGUCACGCCCGACUUGCAGGGAUACGUGCAGCCGACGUUGCUGCAGACGCCGUCGAGGUUCCGGCGCAAUUCCCCGCACGCCAACUGGGAUCUCACUUCUGGAGCUCCGGACGCCAUUUGCUUCCGGACGGACAUAUCCGGGCUGACCCUGCAUGGUGUCGGGAUUUAUACCGGAAACCCGGCGGAGAUGACCAUGACGAUGGAGCUGCUCGAACAGACUUGCAGACCCGGGGAAUCGGAGUGGGAUAGGCUGGAGAUGGUGACGAUCCUCGUGCCCGCCACCGAGGAAGGCAAAGAGACGUUCAUUGCAAACGGUACCGUCUACGCCAUCAAACUAUCGACGCAGAACGGGACGAAGACGUUUUGCGGCGAGGGAGGCCUGAACUUUGUGCGGCUGUCGAACGGCGCCCGGCUGGUGUUCAACAACAGCGCAAUGAGCGAGAACGGGACGUCGAUGACGCGCGGCCAGAUCCCGUACCUCGUCUAUACGCUCAGCGACGCGCUGAAGCCGCAGCUUGACACGAAGAGCGAGAGGGAUCAGAAUGGCCGCUGGUUCGUGGCGCUGAUGCGGGUGUUGGCGGCCAAGAUCAGCGAGUCGCUGGCCAUUGGGGAUGUACCCCAAGCGGCGCGGAACCUCAUCUCCAAGCUGUCCGGGCUGGUGAUGGUGUUUUUGCAGACGAACCCGCAAAAAGCGCUUGAGCUAGUCGCAUCGAUAGAUCAACUCCUGCCCAUGAUCUCGAGCGUCAACGCCGCUUCGCGCCUCCAAUCGCCCAGCAACAACAUUUUCUCGAGCUACACAGAAGAGAAGAAAACGGUCCAGAUCGUCGCCGAGUCGCAGCACCCCUAUAAGAUGAACUAUGUCCAGUCUACGGUUGUCUCUUUCGAUGAUGACGUGACUUUCGUGUGCCUGCAAUUUUGUGAAGAGUGUCAAACGGCCCAGGCAGAUGACGUCCUCUGCGUGUAUGUGAAGACCGAUUCGGAUAGCUACGUGCCGGUGGCGAGGUAUUGUGGCUCUCAUGGCUGGCCGGUGAAGCCAACCAUCCUGCCCGGAAAUGUCAUUUGGUUUGUGCUGGAAUCGGGUAGUCGCGUCGAUGGCGCUACCCAGGAUCAGAUGUAUGGCUUCCGAUGUACCGUAACUGGAUACCCGGAAAUGGACGAACCCUCCAACCUACAGAUGGAGCAAGAGCUCGUGUGGAUCUCGGCGAAUGCUUGUAGAAUAUUGGUCGAGCUGCCCAACGACGCGGACAGCCUAUCGCAAGUGCUCAUUGAAGAGGAGGAGACCAGGGAUCUACUGGAGCAUCAUGGACAUUUGUUGAGAAAGGGGCUGAACUUCGCCCACACGCCAUCGGCCCAUGAGCUGCUCAGCCGAAGCCUGCCCGCCCCGGCCCUGACCUCAGACCUCCGCUUCUUGCGCGAGUUCAUCUCCGGCUCGCCGGCUACUGUCGCCGGGCUUUUGGCCAGGUGGCUCCCCCUCGGUCCCGUCGUCGACCUGGCGACCUGCCAGUUGGUGAUGAGCGACGAGCAGCUGACGGCCUGGUGCCUACAAUUCCACAAAGCCCUCGACCGAGAACUGAUCCGACUCGUCGAAGCUGUUCGCUCCCCAAAAGAAGAAUGCCAGCGCCAGGAGAGCGUCGAGAUGCAAAAAUCGAUGGAGCGCGCCGGAGAGCAGAGCGUGUUGAUCGAGACCCAGGAGAUGUAUGUUCUCGAGGACGGCGACCGGGUCGAGCUGUUCAGCCGGCCGUCCCUUGACGCUGUCGUCGAUGGGGAAGUGGUUGAAGGGCGUCGGGAGCUGCUCACGGACGGCUGGGUGCACAAUGCUCAAGGCGUCUGGAUCCGGCUCGCCCACACGAAGCGCUUCAUCUUGGCUGAGGACCAAGUCGGGCGCUCCUCGGUGCAUUCCCAGGCCCAGAGCUCGAACGGGAACGAUGAUGAGGAGCCUGGACCGUCGAAGCCGACGCCGGUCAGGGCCCCGGCGACGGCGGUGAAGGCGAUGCGACCUUCGAUUGUGGAUUGUUGUCGGACAGUUUUUGCCGCUUUCCUCUGGCACGAGCAUCUCGUGAAGGACGCGAUGGCUGCAGCUGCGUAUCUCAAAUUUCACAGCCAUUUACAUAACCUCUGGCCCUGCUCGCAAACUGCUCCAAUCUCGCUGGCGCCCAGCCCGCUACAGCCGUUGGUUAAGGUCUGGAAGGAGGUCAGCGCCGCGAUCCAAAGCACUAUCCAGCAAAAUAUUCUGCUGCCCUCCCCGCCGUCGGUCCGCCGUCCGAGGCACAGCCAAAACCCUGAUAUGGCCACUUUGGAGACCGGCGAAGCGAUGUGCGAGCUUUGCGAGGGGAGAUGCCGAGGGCCAGUUACUGUUCACAUGCGAAUGGGACACCCGGGCUGCGGAGGGGAAUGCCAGGGCCAUGGAUAUAAUUCGCAUGGAAAGUACACCACCGGGUGGGCCGGCAUGUGCGGCGAGGGCGGGCGAGCGCCUUCAACAUGGUACCUGCUGUGCCCUCCUUGCCGAGCCGCCUAUUUACGUCAGACACCUUCUGGUCAUCAACAGGAACGGAACAGAAGAUGGCGCGAAUUCCGACUCUCCAGUGGCCAACUUGACAGUCGACCCGAGUCUGUCAUUCGUCAGAACGCGCUCUUCCUCCUCGACCUGAACGCUACGGUCGAAGGAGCCGAGGGGAGCAAGAACAGCUCUGCAACAACGUCCGGCUGGACUACCGUAUUCCCCGGCCAGCUCCUCUCGCCUACCGUAUACCGAUCGGCAAACCUCGGGGGUCCCGGCACGACGCAUACGCUUACCACAACUUCGCAUCAAAUUCGAAAAGAUUCGGACGCCAUCCCGAUCUCGUCGGCAGCCGCCCAUUCCAGCGACCCUGGCCCAAAGGCGUGCUCCUCCAGCCGCAUUGACGUGUCGUUUGAGGACAAGCUGCAACAGGGUGGAGAUGAGCCGUCAGCCAUUAGUGCGCCGCCCGGUGAUGGCAUUCGUCAUCGAGCACCACGACUUGAAGAGGGUGCGGGAGGCGUCCUUCUCGGCGGUGAAGCGGGCGGUGGGGUUCGCGCAUGCGUUCCGGGUGUGGAACUGGUUGCUGCGGCUCGUCUCGUCGGAAACAAGGUCCGGCGGUUGUUCAUCUACAGCCAUGUUUGCUUU